AUGGGUGGAGUUACUUCAUCAAUGGCAGCAAAAUUUGCAUUCUUUCCACCAAACCCACCAUCAUACAGUCUUGUCAAAGACGAACUCACUUCUCUUCUUCUUAUCACUCCUUUCCCUCACCGUGAAAACGUUGAGAUUCUUAAGCUUCCUACGCGCCGUGGAACGGAGAUUGUGGCGGUUUAUGUUCGUCACCCAAUGGCUACUUCUACUCUUCUUUACUCUCAUGGAAACGCUGCUGAUCUUGGUCAGAUGUAUGAGCUUUUCAUUGAGCUUAGCAUCCACUUGCGCGUUAAUCUCAUGGGGUAUGAUUAUUCUGGAUAUGGGCAGUCAUCGGGAAAGCCUAGUGAGCAGAAUACAUAUUCAGAUAUUGAGGCUGUAUACAAGUGUCUAGAAGAAAGUUAUGGUGCUAAGCAAGAAGAUAUAAUCCUUUAUGGACAAUCUGUUGGAAGUGGCCCGACUUUGGAAAUUGCGGCUCGGUUGCCUCAAUUACGAGCUGUUGUUUUGCACAGUCCAAUACUUUCUGGCUUAAGGGUCAUGUAUCCAGUAAAACGUUCAUACUGGUUUGACAUAUAUAAGAAUAUCGACAAAAUUCCACUAGUUAAUUGUCCAGUUCUCAUAGUUCAUGGUACUUCAGAUGAAGUUGUCGAUUGUUCCCACGGCAAGCAACUCUGGGAACUUUGUAAAGAGAAAUAUGAACCCUUGUGGCUCAAAGGAGGCAACCACUGUGAUUUGGAGCUCUUUCCUGAGUACAUUAGGCAUCUGAAGAAGUUCAUAACAACAAUUGAGAAGUCUCCGUCGCAACGAUACAGUUUCCGAAGGAGUACAGACCAGCAGUUUGAGCAGCCUCGGAAGAGUACAGAUAUUUUCGAAGUAAGUAGAAAAAGCACCGACCGUAGAGAAAAGCCAAGGAAGAGCACAGACAAACCAGAGAAAGUAAAAAACUUGUCUUCUAGUAAUGGUGGUGAUAUGUUGGAGAAAUUACGAAUGACGUUUGAUCAUAAAGAGAGAUCUCGAAGAAGUGUUGACUGUCAUGAGAAGUCUCGAAAAAGCGUUGAUCAUCAAUUAGAGAAAGGAAGGAAGAGUGUUGACCGACUCGACAGAAUAAGAACUGGUUAA